GAGUGUGUGUGUACAUGUGUUGCAAAGAGCUGGUGUUUGCGGUGUUCGAGAGUGAAAAAGAACCGAAAAAAAGUUCAGAAUACAACAAAGCACAGAGAGCGCUCUGAAAACUUUUUCCAUUGUUCGACAACGACGAUGACGACGAUGAAAAAAAUUAUAAGUUUUCUUUUGCAGGCAAACAUUAAACCGGUUUUGUGUAUUGAACUCAAACACACAUAUGCCAAUGGCGUAAAAGAGGUAACAAAACAUUUGUUGCUAGCAUACACACACAACCACACUGGAAACCGCAUAAGAAUAUUAUACAAAAGCGUUGCUUGCUCAUGCUCUUGGUCGUUCUUUGUCGCUCUCACGUGCCGUUGGUACAGUUGGUCUCUGGUGAAAGACAUACAUAUACACGGCACAUCGGCCAACGAAGGCAUUGCGCUCGAUUUUCAAAGUUGUGCUUUGAAGCUAACCAAAAAAAAACACCAACUCUAUCAUUGUAAUGAAACAAGAAACUAGCAUGGAAACUUAGAUCGAUGAAUUUAUGCUGUGCUAUGCUGUGUGUAAGCACGGGAGACUACGGCCCAAACAGACAUUGUAUCAAAUGCUGUGUCGACCAAUGAAUAUAUUACCCAUAAAAACCACAACAUUGAGCACACGGGCGACACAUUAAACUGUGUGUAGCCAACAUUUGCUGGCACACAGGUACACACUCGAACCGAGUGUAUUAUGGUGAAAUACGAAUGAAAAAUUACAAUUAACGCAAUUAGACGAGCGAAGCAAAGAAAAUAUUAAUGGUAAAAGAUAGCAAAAGAGAACUACUAUGAAGAAGACGAAGACGAAGACGAGAAAAAGCCGAGCCGAUUUGUGCAAGCGGUCCGAAGAAUUAUUGGUCUACAAAGAAGAAAAAAAGAGAAAAACUCAACAUUAGUGGACACGAUCGCGAACGGGCGCUCAUCGAACAAAAAAAACUGGACAAUAACAACAGCACAGAAAAUACAUAGCUUACUCGAAUGCUCGACAACAUAAAAUUCAUAAUUUUCAAAAUGCCACACGACGAAACGAGCAAAAAAAAAGGAGCAUGAACAACAAAAAGAGGAAAAAAUCGCAUAUAAAUCGCUUUGAACAAUCCAAUAAAUAUCAAAGCAAUGGUUAUUGACGGCGGAGACACCAUUAUCUUUAUCCAAUCCAUGCUUAACUUUGCAAACCGAUGCCAAACGAUCGAACGAAAUGCGCGCACAUCACGUAAACGUACAAAAUCAAGAAAAUCAACCAAAGUCUAUCAUUUAAAUGGCAAAGCAACACACAUACACUCUCGCAACAUACACACAUACUCACCGCCGCACAAAUAUUAAUUGUGCUAAUUUGCAACUGAACGAGAGACGAAAAAAGCGGCAGCAGAAAUAGAAAGUGAACGACGAGCGAAUGUCGAGCUGUGAGUGAAGUAAACUCGCUGCAACCAGAAUAAAAAGUAAUAAAUUCAUGCGAAUACACAUAAAACUACACAUAAUGUUAAUAAUUAUGUGUCAAAAGAGCUAUGUGUCGAGAAAAACGUCGGAUGUUUAAAAAAAAUAGAAAUUAUUCGAUUUUGUUGUUGUUGUUGCUUCAGCAUAAGCCAUACGUUGGCCCCAUCGGCCGGUGUGCGAAAAAUUGAAAUUGUUGCGAAAACAGAAAAUUAGUAACAAAAACAUGAAAAUAAAGAGCACAUGAACAACAAAAUGUCACACCGUUGCCAGCUAGUAUGUGGCCUGGUUUCUCAGCCAAACCAACACCAAAUUGUUGAUUUUAGUCAUUCAAUUUUUGUUUGUAUAUUUUUAUUAUGUUUCCACUCUGUGCAAAUGCCUUUAUUUGUCGUCGCUUUGUGAGUGUACGUGUAUGUGAAUAAAACGUAAACAGUUAAAACGUUUAAUCAUGUAAUUAGCGCAGUUAGCAGAGAAAUUUCCAUAUUUACUCUUUUGGAAAUUUCCUUUUUGACCAUUUAUUGUAUGUUACGUUUGCAGAACGAUAACCGAAUCGCUCGAUGGUAACAAAAGGCCCCGAAUUUUAAGUCGAAUUAACGACCGAACUCUCCUCCAUUCUCACACACAAUGCACUCAAUUGUUCUGACACGCAAUCAACCACAAGAUUGUUUAUGUGAAGCCAAAGGUUGUUUUUAUUUAUGGAUCAUAAAAUAUUUGCAUGCCACUUUUUUAAUCGAGCGGCGGACAUGACCCAUUGGAGCCGUUAUCAUAACAAUCUAUCCAUUUCAAUGGCACAUUUUUUGCCAGUUUGAGGGAGAAAAAAAACUUCUGAGUAAGACUCUUAGUUGAGUCAAAUGUUUUCUUAUAGCAAGUCAUUUUUGAAAGUAAUUCCAACUGCCAAAUGAUUCAUCGCACGAUUUUGUUGGAACCAACAGAAAGCUAAUAGUUUUACCAACGCCAUCUAGCGAAAUUGAGGAUAGAUUUUCAGUGUUUACAGAAAAUGCUUCUGUUUACAAUGCUUGUUGCAAUGGAUUCAAGGAAAUAUUUUAGAAUUUCGAAGUUUUCUUGAUAUUUUCUCUUACUUUCAAAACGUUUUGAACAUUUUCAGUCUGAAUUAAUUAAAGUUCAGUUUUUUACGACUCAGAAUGAAAACAUACUUAAAACUCAGCACCUAAAUUGUUUAAAAAAAGCGGAAAAUGAACCAAAAUUCAACAAAACUACGAAAUUCUACCCUAAAAGUUAAUCUUUUUCUUUAUAAAAGAAUGUUUCUUGUAACCUCAUAGAAUAUUUUAGUAAAAUGUUCAUUUUCCUUUCGUUUAAUCACACAUAAUUCCGAUGAAUUUUAAUUUUUUUAAUCUACCCGCUUUUUUGCGAAUGACAUCAAGUGUCAAAUGGAAUUUGACAGAUAGCAAACAGUAUUAUUGGAAAUGUGAUUGCGGCAUUGGUAAACAAAACAAUUGAAAACAUGUCUUUCGAACAGAAAUCAUGUUUAUUUUGCUUAAACGAAAAGAACGAUGGUAUUGUAAUUUUUGGCCAAGUUGGAAAAGCGCUCAACGUGUGGGAAGUAAUCGUGAAAUACUUUUGGUUUGAUUUGCUGCAUGAUGUCGAAUCGGCUACUACGUUUGUUUGUUCUGAUUGUUGGCUGAAGGUGAAGUCAUUUCAUGAAUUUUAUCUUAUGGUUGAGGCGCUUCAUAAUAAAUGCGCGUCCGAAAUUGGAGAAGAGCCGCAAAUGAACGCAUGCGAUGAAGAGGAAGAGAAUCGCUUGUAUGAAUAUUUGAUCGGAGGAGAUGAGGUGAUUCAGUCUCCAGAAAAAUUCCUUGGUCUAGAAAUUGAUGUGUUGGAUUAUGGAACAAACACAUGUGAAACAACAUCGUGUCAAGAGACCGAACGUGGAAUUGAAUCAUAUUUGAACUCUGAAACAGGAGUAGAAUUAGACAUAGAAACAGAACUGAGAUUAGAUGCUGAACACAUUCCUGCAACACCACACAAAAGACUGCAAACAAUCAAAAUACACGAAAUAAUACCAUUCCAAGGUGAAGAAAUCCCAGAAGACUCAAUGACUCGACCGAAAAGAGCACGUCUGAAUGGAUCGAAGCGUCAGAUUGAUGACAUUGUUUGUUACAUGUGCCAUGAAUCAUUCUCAACCUGUCAAGCAUUACGAAAGCAUUUUUUGCUUCACGAUCAGGAAAAAACUCAACAAUUCAUUUGUCAAACUUGUGAAAAAAUAUUUGCUAGUGAAAUUCUACUCAAGCAUCACAUGGAAAACGUUCACGAGAGACAAAGAAGAAACAAAAAGAAUUAUCACGACACCAUUUGCCCGAUUUGCGAAGAAGUAAUGAAAUUCGGCAAUUUGAAAUCUCACAUUGAACUUGUACAUAAGGUCAUACCACAGAAGAAAGAAAAAUUCGUGUGCAAAGUAUGCGCCAAAAUAUAUACGAGCUCGGAUGCAUUCACCAAACAUGCUUGGACCCAUAUGAACGAAGACUUAACCCGUGUACAAUGUAAUAUAUGCGAAAAAUGGCUUAAGAACCAGCACAUACUCAACGUUCACAAGAAAAAUCACGAAAAAAUACCCAUGAAGUGCCCACAUUGUAAAAAAACUAAAUUCAGCGUAAUAUCGUUGAGAUCUCAUAUUGCAGCAGCUCAUUCGACGCGCAAGUAUCAAUGUACUCGCUGCAAUAAAUCUUUUGGUCGUCCAAUAGCACUCAAGGAACACAUGGCUGUUCACACGGGUGUUACACUUUACAAUUGCUCUUACUGUUCGAAGCCAUUCAGAAGCAACGCGAAUAUGUACAAACACAUGCGAGAACUACACACCGAACGAUGGAACAUCGAUCGAGCAAUGAAGCGACAAAAAUAAACAAGAUAUUUAGGGCAUUUUUUUCCAUCAACUUUGUUAGGCUAAAGAAUAUAUUCCGUUUAUGUUAGUCAUGGUAUAAUAGAAAAUGACUGUUGAUUUAUUUUGAAGCGAAAAAUAAACCGAACCAAUCUUGUCAUCGA